UCCAACGUUCAUUGUCAGUCAUUCGGCGCAUGAGUGACAUCUAGCGAUUUAGUACUGAACUGCAGUCUCUGGAGACGUGACCCCUUGUCGUUCGUUGACCCCAAUUGUCGCUUGUCACUUCCGCCUCUCGGCUCCCGAAGCCCCCGUCCCUUCCCACCUGGCUUUCCGGGCGCCUCGUCUCCGACUCCGCCGACUUUUCACCGCCCAUGGGUCCCUAAGGACGCCGAGGAUGGAACCCCGGACCGUCUGUGCGACGUGUUUGCUGCUGGUGGUCGCUGGUUCGAUUCCCGCAGCUGCACAGUCAACAGGUCUUCCACCUGCCUGUAUCAAGAUGAGCCACCCUGAGGUAGUACCGGUGACGGCCGCCGGGGGCGUCCUGACGUCGCCGUACUUCUCGGACCACCACUACCCAACUCACCUGGACUGCUUGUGGAGAUUAUCGAGCGAGGAUGGCUUUUACCCCAUCGUGUUGGUGGAGCAGUUUGACCUGGAGCCGCGAGGGGGCGGUCCUAACCACGACUGCAAGGACGCCUUCAUCGUCCACUUCACGGAUCUUGGUCCUGACAGGGGCGAAUACGGAGCUUUCUGCGGCUCACAGAUCCCCAAGUGUUUCUACUACGCCGGAAAACACAUCGACAUCCGGUUCAUAACGGACGGAAACACGCAAAGCAACACGGGAUGGCGGAUCACAUAUAACGCCAGUAGAUCACCAGUUUGCCCGACGGAAGGCGUCCCUGUGCUGAGUAGCACGAGUAGCGCAGAAACAACUGCAAUCGCGGGAGCUGGUCCAACCGAUACACCUCAAACCCUGACCACCCCGCCAGGCCUGACCAUCAUCCCUAGCGAGAGGCCGCCAUUAGUCGGCGCCAUUGUGGGCGGGACCCUGGCCUGCGUUGCCAUAGUGAUCCUGCUGUUGCUGUGGUGCUUCUGCUGCUAUUGGAGGAGAAGGAAACGACAACCACAGGUUGCGGAAAUCCUGGCGAACCCGGGAGCGCGGCCGGACAUCGUGGUUUUCCGACCUGGGGAGGACCGCACUAGCCUCAUGAACCCGGACUACGGUCAGAGGGCAGAGUUCGCCGCGCUGGCCGCCAUGUCUAGCAACCGCGGGGCCACGCCUGACAACUGUUACUCCGGUGAUAUGAAGCAACCUUUGUUGGACGGCGCGGUUAGUCCUGUGGUGGAGUCCCCCAGACACGCGGGCCCGCCGAAGUUCGUUCCCCCCUCUCCCCCUAGGCCUCCCCCGAGCGGGAAAGACUGGUCGGGCGGCCCACACGCGGACGCCUAUCCGGACGACGUGUUCUUUGAAGACCGCUUUAGAACGGACGACGAGUAUUCGGACCCUGGAUACGCUGAGAUUGACGAGAGCAUCGCGAAGGCCGCCGACGAUGAUGCGUCGCGUUUGGAUAAUACCUGUCGUGGUGCAGUAGCAGGGGCAGCCGCUAGGGGGCGCGAUAGUUCCACGAAUGUGUAUAUCUUUAGCCCCCGGCCAAAGACUCCUCCUGCAAAGCGCACUCCGCCCUAUGCUGAAGUCAACCUACUCGAGGCCAGCGAAAAAGGCGGGAACUUUACCUUUGAUGGCGAAGUGCUCCCGUUGGCGGAAGGAUACAACGAACCCAUGGCAACCGCGUCACGUGACUCAGGACACGGCACAGCGGGAAGCGACGCUGACGGAUACGAGGUUCCCAUGGCUACGCGUGCACAUGAACUGGAAGAUGCCGAAGGAUACGCCGUUCCCAUAGCAACAGUCCUCCCCAAUAACCAAUCACAGCUCGGGUACGAUCAUCUGCACGGUGCAUCAGAGACAGAGAGCAAGAAACAGGGUAUUGGCUACGACCAUCUCCAUGGUAACAAGAAUGGUUACGAUCACUUAUUACGAGAGUCGGAGAAACCACUCGGUCCUAGAAGUUCAAAGUACAGUACACUAGACAACAUGGCCCAAGAAGAGGAUCUUUAGGACACACUCAGCUGUUGGAUUUAAUCAGAUUCUUACUUCUUUGCAAGAAAAGAAAAGAAGGAUAACGUAUUUUUUGUUGAACAGAACAGCAAAACAGUGCGCGCAUAUGUCAACAUAAAACUAGGACACCAUUAUGCAAAUCUGACAAAAGCUGUGUUGAGGGCCCGGUCACACUCGGCGGCAAAUUGAGGGUAUUUUGGGGGGGAUAUUCUGGCAUAAACUUCAGCAGUUUUGUGACGGAAAAGGCUUCUUGGUAACCCCUUUGCCGAUUAUCAGCUCUGUCAAAGCCUCGCUGAAAACGUUCUGCAAAAAGUCUAAAAGAAACAUUUUCGGUAUUUGAUCGUUGUAGAGCUUAGUACGUCGUGUAACAUGUAACAGGGUGUUUUUUCUUCUUUUUGUUAUUUUGCAAUGAUUUUUGCCUAGUUUUUUAGCGAGAAAGCAACGGAAGGUUUAAGUGCUGGCUGCUUAACCAAUCGGACGCGUGCAUUUAGCGUGACGUCACCCAAAAGUAUGACGUACCUUUCAUAACAUCAGUAUGUAACACUAGUGGUAUGAUUACGUUGUUGCGCAAUGCCAACGUGUUGAGCAUUUUUAGUGUAUUUCACUAAUGAUACUUUAAACUUUAAGGCAUGUCAAGAAAAUACGUUAAAUCGAAAUUAUGCCGUACGUUUUAUGAGCAAGUUUAAUUUUUCUAGUAUUUUUUGGAGAAUAUGUUUCGCGUUGCUGUGUCUGGUGCUGCUAAAGAUAUUUUCUUUACAAAUCUACGCGAAGGAUGCUUCAUAAACAAUGCAUUUGAGUCGGUUGGUGAUUUUUAAUAUCUUCAGUCUAGACAUUGCAAAAGUACGCAUUGAUUCUAAUCAGAUGUACAUAUUUGUAUUACUAAAACUUGCAGACGAUAUUAAAUUCAUAAUGACGACGGUUCA